UUGAAAGACCAUCUGCAAAUACCACCCAGGGCAAUGUAAUGUUCCCAAUAUAACCUCCCCGCACAGCCGGCUGGGCUGUUCCAGUCAAUGGCCUCACACAGUCUGGAGUGUUACUAAAGUAACAAUUUCCCACUCUGUUUUUCUUUGGUUGUGCUUUUUUUGCAUUUAAUUAACACCAUGAUGAAAGGGGACGAUUCAGAGGAAGUGGAUAUAGAUUUGGGGGACUCCAGUGAUUCUGAAGACUUUGAAAAUGGGGAGCAACGUGAGACGCUGUGGAAGGCCACUCCUGCCUUGGAAGAGGAGGAAAACAUUCACACGUCUACACUAGUGGAAAUCAGUGAUACCAAGCCUCUGAUUAAUGCAAGAGACCCCCGAGGUAUCAAUGACUGCCUUAAGGUGACGUUUGAGGAUGUUAUAGCUGAGCCGGUAUCAGUGCGGAGCGGUGACAGAGUGUGGAUCUGGAGCCAUGCCCUGUUUGAGGUGUCUAGGAUUUGGAUUUACCGGAUAGUCACAGUAUUUUUGGCCAUUCCUGUGUCAAUAAUCUCUGGACUUCUGUUUGCCAUCCUCAGCUGUCUUCAUAUCUGGUUGGUUAGUCCCUGUAUCCAGUGUCUCCUUAUUGGCACUCGCUGGCUGCAGAGCCUAUGGAGCAUUGUCCUUGGUGUCAUUGUACAGCCUUUUCUCACAAGUGCUGGAAAAUGUUGUGGUGGCUUCAGCAUUCACCUGGCCAAAGAAUGAGACUCACACGUGAGAAGCACUUCAAGACUGCAAAUGCUCAUUGACAUGGACAAGUGCACUUACUGUUAUGUGGUCAUGUAGACCCAAUCCAAGCAGGCAUUUUAAAAAAUGCUUUAUCCAAAAUGCAACACCCAUUAUUUAUAGCUAUUAUUAAAGUUCGAUAGUAUCUGCUGAGACUUGAAGUAAAAAAUCAAUGGUGAUGCAAUUCUUCAAUUCACAUUCAGGAUGUGAAACCAUUUUAGUGACUCUUUUUGCUCAGCAUGUAGUUCUUUUUUCACUCUGGGGGAUUAUAGUUUAAGAAAUGUAUGCAGAAAUCAUUUUUUGCAAUUUGAAUAUUACAUAAUAUGUAAUAGUGUUUGGGCUUUUCAAGAUCUAGGUUUAAGGAUGUAUGAAAAAGGGCUUUAACAAUACUUUGUUUAGUCAGAAAAGAACGAGUUCAGUUACCUUGUACAAAAUGUUGAAAUGAGUUCUACUUUGUCAAUGAAAAAAUAUUUGAAUGUGCAAAUAGCUUUCAUUUCACAAGUUUAAUUACUGGACAUGAGCUGUCUCCUCUAUCACUGAAAGACCCUUCACACUAUCUCCACAGCUCAGUUGUGGUCAUAGAGAGAGAAACUUUAUUAUUGUUAAAGGUUUAGCAUUGAACAGAAUAUCAAGAAUAUAUUUCUGAAUAAGAAUAAUUAAUAUUUGAUGUAUUGUCCUGGAAGGAAAUGGAAGUAAAAGACAUGGUUUAAUAUGGUUUUUAAACUAAUACACUUUUAGACUUAUUAUAGAUAUUAAAAAGACUUUAUUAAAGCAUUUUUCAAAUACAACGAUGAUAUGCUCUUUUGUUGCAACAUCCCUAAUAUAAGGUUAGGUUUUCCUGUAUCUCUUUAUCUUCUUGCUUGAAGACAAAUGACCAUGUGAUACUGUACAUCCAGUUAGUUAUUGUUAUUGUGUCAAGAUUGCCUACAGUACAUUUAGCAAUU